CCGAUUUCACUUUCGCAUCUAUUUUCAUUUAAAGAAAUUUUUGCAUUUACCAGACAAUUGAAAAACUGAAGAAUUUCAACAUGAAACUUGUGAUUUUUACUCUUUUAUUAAUUUUAAGUGUAAUUAUUAAAAAUUUUGAAUCAGUUUCUGCAAAUAAGGUGCAUUUUGGAAAGGAAUACGUUAAUAGAACAGACGCUGAAAAGGAGUGCGUUGAGGAUGAUGUACGAUUAAAAAAAUUAAUGUUGUUCUUUAGAAUUAACAUUAGAGUUAAAGUUUAUGUUUGUAAAGGGGAUGAACUGAAAUCUUUCUUUAAAGGAAUUGAUGAAGCAAAGGAAAAUUGUGUCACCAAAGCUGAUGAUCAUUAUUAUUGCAAGUUUGAGAAGGAUCCACAUUACAAUUCUCCGUACGCUUAUUAAAUGAUUUUAAUAAUCUUUUUUUUUGCAAAAAUGUAAAAAUAAAAAUUCAAUAUUUAAUUAAAAAAAUGCUACUUAUUGUAAAAUGCUGUUUUACAAUAAAUUUCUCUAAAUUUUGAAA